AUGCCCGAAAUGGAAUAUCUCAUCCGUUUCUCCCAGUCCCACGAGACUUUCCGUCUCCCCGAGAUUGAGGCCCUAGCAAUAGUAGAAGGCAUCGACCUCAAAGUUAUCUCAUACAGCCUAGAGUCCCCCUUCUGCAUAGUCUCCCUCCCCUCCCCCUCCGCCGCACUUCGCCUCAUCGCGCGCUCCAUCCUCGUAAUCUCCAUCCACGAGCUCUGGGGCCACGGCGCCGACCUCCCCGCCGUCCACUCUUCCGUCCGCUCUCGCACCGAGCCCUUAUGGUCCCAAUACUUGUCCUGCUCCUUCAAAUUCACCAUCGACUCGUACCAAGGCUCUCGCACCAACGACCAAAAACUCUCCAUCAUCAACUCCUUCGCCUACCUCGGUUUCGCGGGACCCAUCAAGAUGCGUUCCCCCGACGAGGAAUUCAUCCUCUUCGAAGACUGGCCGUGGAACUCCACGCCCCUCGGCAUCCCCGAUCCAAAGUAUUACUACUUUGGUCGGUACCUGGGUACUUCCUCCCGGGAAACGCUGCCCAAAAAACUGGACCUCAAGAAGAGGAGAUACAUCUCCACGACAUCCAUGGACGCCGAGCUAGCGCUCGUGACAGCCAACAUCGCGCUCGCUGGCCCGGGAAAGUUGAUCUACGACCCCUUCGUCGGCACCGGCUCCUUCCCCAUCGCGUGCGCACAGUUCGGCGCACUGACUUUUGGGUCUGACAUCGACGGCAGAAGCAUCCGGGGUGACGAGAAGAAGAAGACCCUAAGGGGGAACUUUGAACAAUACGGUCUCACCUCCUGUCUAGGCGGCAUGUUCACUGCCGAUUUGACCAACACGCCUAUACGCAAAUCUGCCCUUCUUGGCACUUCCACUUCCACUUCUACCUCCUCUUCCCCUGGACAACAACAACAAAAAAGUAGUGACGGGGUAACCGGCAGGAUAUUCGACGCGGUAGUGUGCGACCCGCCCUACGGGGUGCGCGAAGGGUUGAAGGUCCUGGGGGUGAAGGACCCGGAGAAGUGCCCCUGGGUGAUCCCCAAGGGCAUGGAGAUGUACAAGGAUCCGGAUUUCAUCCCGCCCAGGAAGCCGUACAGCUUCUUGUUGAUGUUGGAUGAUAUCCUGCAGUUUUCGGCGCAGACGCUGGUGGAUGGGGGACGACUGUCGUUCUGGAUGCCGACGGCGAAUGAUCAGGAUCAGGAGAUUCCGGUGCCACAGCAUCCUUAUAUGGAGGUUGUUGCUGUUUGCGUGCAGGACUUUAACAAAUGGUCCCGACGACUAAUAACAUACCGCCGUAUUCCCGACGCCGAGGUUGAGCCUGCAGCCAUCAAGGCAUAUGAGCAGGCCAAGGCAGAGCGCGCCGUUGAAGAAGGCAAGACAGCGGACGACCUGAACCCCUUCCGCAAUGCCUACUUCAAGGGGUUCAAGAACUGA